AGUGUUACCCAUGCCUAUUACUAUUGAGUACGUGAAUCUUAUCGGGAAUAAUUAUCUGGAAUAAUCUCUAUUUGUAUUUUAUUUAGGAGAUUAAAGUAUAUAUAUAUACUUCAAAUAGGACUGCUUUUAACGAAAUAGUUGAAGAAAUGGAUGUGUGUAACGAAGUUCUAAAAAAAUUACGAUCUCUUAUGAAGCAAUGUGAGCCUCAUAAUUUACAGGCUUAUAUUAUUCCAACUGACGAUGCCCAUCAAAAUGAAUAUAUUUGCCAACACGAUGCGAGAAGGACUUUCGUAAGUGGUUUUGAUGGAUCGUCCGGAACAGCAGUAGUUACGCUAAACAGGGCUUUAAUGUGGACGGAUGGAAGAUACUACCAACAAGCAGAAAAACAGAUGAAUACAAACUGGGAACUUAUGAGGGAUGGUAUUCCGGAAACGCCAUCUGUUGGUAAAUGGCUCUCCAACAAUUUGCCUAAAGGAAGUGAUGUUGGAGUAGACCCGAAACUUAUUUCUUAUCGACAAUGGAAACCCAUUCAAAAGGAAUUGAUUAGUUCAGUCGGCUCAAAAUGGCUCCUCGACGAGUAUGGUCGCGCUGACCUGUCGAGUUUUUAUAAACCAAAUGUUAGAUUAAAAUACACAAAAAUGAUGUCGUUUCAUUAAAAAUAACAUACAGCUUUAAAUUAAGCUUCAUUAAAUGUAAA